CCGCCAAUGACGUGUUGGUGCAGAUAGACGUAGUAACCUCUUUAGGAUCAACAACAAUUGUUCUGAGGAUGACUUAUAUAUGAACUAUUCUUUUGUUUCAGUUGUCAAGGAAAUCGUUUCUGUAUCCUGAUUGGUCUUUGUCUCUUCGUUGUUAUCUUGGUUUGUGUGCAAAUGAGGCUUCUGACUGGAAUAUACAAGGGGAUAUUGGUGGAGAAGUUCUAUAAAAAUGAUCAUGAGCUGAGCCAGGAAAAUAGCUCUUUACAUACAAGAGGAAUGCGAGGCCAACACGAAGAGAAGAAGCGACUGAAUGUGAUAAUUCUGACCCAUAUGAGUUCCGGUUCAUCUUUCACCGGGAACAUUUUCAAUUUGCAUCCAGAUGUGUUCUAUCUUUACGAACCCCUUCACGAUUUAAGAAAGGUUGAAUAUGAAGAAGACUGGAUUCCGUUGAACAAAACCAUGAACGAUGCGUACAAAAUUGACUUUUCCAAUUUGCUUCGGGACCUGUUCACGUGUGAGUUUAAGGAAGAAACAACUCUGAGGAGAAUUUUUGCUGAAUUUUUGAAUGUGCCAAAGCGUAUUGCAUUUAUGUAUUGGCGCUUAUUGAACUCAGAAAACACAAAUGAAACGGUCAGGAAAACUUGCUUAACAAAACAUAUAACAGCAGCAAAAAUCAUGCAGACAAGGCUGCCACGUGAAAUCGGAAUACAAGAACUACAGAACUUCUGUGGUUCCAGUGGUAUGAAGUUCAACUGUUUGUUUAUUCACCUCGUGAGAGAUCCCCGCGCAAUGCUCUCUUCGUUAUUGAGGCGUAAAUUUUUUAUUCGGGAUUCCAGAAAUUUGAUGUUUUCAUCAAGAAACUUGACUUCAGCAGCUGCGGAAUUUGUUAAGAAAAAUGCGCAAUUAUUAUGCUCGCAGGUUGCUGACAAUUUAAAUUAUGUCAAGCAAAACUGGUAUAACUUUUACGACCGUUACACGCUCUUGCGUUAUGAAGAUAUCCUCACGGAUCCUUUAUUCGCAACGAAGAAGUUGUAUAAUUUUGUUGGUCUUCCAAUGGUUGAAUCUAUCUACAAGUGGAUCGUGGGAGGUAAACAAUUUGUUAACACGACUGGUUCCCAGUUCUCACAGAAGAUUGUAACUAGAAUUGAUCACUGGAGGUCGGAACUAGAUCCCUCUCUGGUAUAUUUAUUCGAGGAGGCCUGUAAACCUCUAAUGAAACUAAUGGGAUAUAUUUCUAUAAAUGACCUUGGUCAAGCUGAGCAGAAGGACAGUCAGUUGUUAAUUACUGAAGAAAUACCAGUUUUGGAGGAGUUGCCAUACAUGAAAUAUUGAAGAUAUAUUGCAGGGAAUCAAUACAAUUUGAAGUAAAGCA